UUAGAAAACUUCUGACGGAAAACAAAAAGAGAGGAUUUUUUCUGUUCUUUUCGAGUUACCGGAGAAUAAAGACGAUACCUUUUCACUGUUGACUUACCGGAAAAGAUGGCGACUGUGCCGGAGAUAAAGAUAAUGAGAAGCGAGAGCUUAGGGCAUCGAAGUGACGUGUCGAGCCCGGAAGCGAAGGUAGGGAUGCGUGUGGAAGAUCUCUGGGAUGAGCAAAAGCCACAGCUUAGUCCUAACGAGAAGCUCAACGCUUGCUUCGAGAGCAUCCCUGUCUCUGCUUUCCCUCUCUCUUCUGAUUCACAAGAUAUCGAGAUAAGAUCAGACACAAGUUUGGCUGAAGCUGUUCAGACACUAUCAAAAUUCAAGGUCUUGAGCGCGCCUGUUGUAGAUGUUGAUGCGCCUGAAGAUGCUAGCUGGAUUGAUCGCUACAUCGGUAUUGUGGAGUUUCCAGGCAUUGUUGUCUGGCUUUUGCAUCAGUUGGAACCUCCAUCUCCAAGGAGCCCUGCUGUUGCAAAUUCAAAUGGAUUUUCUCAUGAUUUCACCACCGAUGUUCUGGAUAACGGAGAUUCAGCAGUAACUUCUGGAAACUUCUUUGAGGUCCUUACUUCUUCAGAGCUAUACAAGAACACCAAGGUUCGAGAUAUCUCUGGAACAUUCCGCUGGGCACCGUUCCUGGCUCUGCAGAAAGAGAACUCCUUUUUGACCAUGCUGUUGCUUCUUUCUAAAUACAAAAUGAAGAGCAUCCCGGUGGUUGAUUUAGGUGUAGCAAAGAUCGAGAACAUUAUCACACAAUCAGGAGUUAUACAUAUGCUGGCAGAAUGCGCGGGGCUUCUCUGGUUUGAGGAUUGGGGAAUUAAAACUCUCUCUGAAGUUGGUCUUCCCAUAAUGUCCAAGGAUCAUAUCAUAAAGAUCUAUGAGGAUGAACCAGUUCUUCAGGCAUUCAAGCUGAUGAGGAGAAAGAGAAUCGGAGGCAUACCUGUAAUUGAAAGGAAUAGCGAGAAGCCAGUAGGCAACAUAAGCAUUAGAGAUGUUCAAUUUCUCCUCACUGCACCAGAGAUCUACCAUGACUACAGGUCAAUCACUACGAAGAACUUCUUGGUAUCUGUUAGAGAGCAUCUUGAGAAGUCCGGGGAUACAUCAGCUCCUAUCAUGAGCGGUGUGAUUGCUUGCACGAAGAACCAUACACUAAAGGAACUGAUCUUGAUGCUAGACGCUGAGAAGAUCCAUAGGAUAUAUGUGGUGGAUGAUUCUGGUAACCUUGAAGGACUUAUCACCCUCAGAGACAUCAUCGCAAGACUAGUUCAUGAGCCAUCUGGCUAUUUUGGGGAUUUCUUUGAUGGCGUCCUGCCUCUUCCCGAAAACUACCGAGUCUGAGAAAAUGGUGUCUUUCUUCUGUAAAUUGUCUUUUGUUUGGUAAUAAUGCUUGUGUCUGUUU